UUCCCGUUCCGGUUCCGCCGUGCGGCGCGCGCGUGCUUGAGCGGGCCGGCGCGGCGGCGCACGUGGCGCCCCCCGGCCGCCGCAGCGAUGCUGGUGCUGUUCGAGACCGCCGCCGGCUACGCCAUCUUCAAGGUUCUGAAUGAGAAAAAGCUUCAAGAGGUUGACAGUCUGUGGAAAGAAUUUGAAACUCCUGAAAAAGCAAACAAAAUAGUAAAGUUGAAACACUUUGAAAAAUUUCAGGACACAACAGAAGCACUUGCUGCAUCCACAGCUCUUGUAGAAGGCAAGCUCAGCAAGAACUUGAAGAAAAUUCUCAAGAAGAUAGUGGCAAAAGAUGCCCAUGAGCAGCUGGCUGUGGCAGAUGCCAAACUUGGAGGUGUCAUAAAGGAGAAGCUGAAUUUGAGUUGUAUACACAGUCCAAUGGUUACAGAGCUGAUGAGAGGAAUUCGCUCACAGAUUGAAGGGCUCAUAACAGGCCUCCCUUCUCGAGAGAUGGCAGCCAUGUGCCUGGGUCUGGCACACAGCCUUUCCCGAUACAAGCUGAAAUUCAGCCCAGACAAAGUAGAUACCAUGAUUAUCCAGGCAAUUUCACUUCUCGAUGACUUGGACAAGGAGCUGAAUAACUACAUCAUGCGCUGCCGGGAGUGGUACGGGUGGCACUUCCCUGAGCUGGGCAAGAUCGUCACAGAUAACCUGGCGUACUGCAAAUGCGUGCGCAAAGUGGGAGACAGAAGCAAUUUUGCUUCUUCUGAUGUUUCUGACAUCCUACCAGAGGAGAUUGAAGAGGAUGUGAAGGCUGCUGCUGAGAUUUCCAUGGGGACAGAAGUAUCAGAAGAAGACAUAAACAACAUAAUCCAUCUCUGUGAUCAGGUGAUCGAAAUCUCGGAGUAUCGGACACAGCUCUAUGACUACCUGAAGAACAGAAUGAUGGCCAUUGCUCCCAAUCUCACAGUCAUGGUGGGAGAGCUGGUGGGAGCAAGGCUCAUUGCUCAUGCAGGUUCCCUCCUGAAUCUGGCAAAACAUCCAGCUUCAACAGUUCAGUUACUGGGUGCUGAGAAGGCACUCUUCAGAGCACUGAAGACUAAAAGGGACACACCUAAGUUUGGCCUUAUCUAUCAUGCCUCCCUGGUGGGACAAAGCAACCCAAAAAAUAAAGGAAAGAUUUCUCGAAUGCUGGCAGCGAAGACUGCCUUGACUAUUCGUUAUGAUGCCCUUGGAGAGAACACCAGUGCUGAGAUGGGAGCUGAGAACAGACUAAAAGUGGAGACGAGACUCAGGCUUUUGGAAGAGAGAGGGAUAAGAAGAAUAAGUGGCACUGGAAAAGCCUUGGCCAAGACAGACAAGUAUCAAAACAAGAGUGAAGUAAAAGUUUUUGACCCCUCUGGUGACUCUACACUUCCUGUUGUUUCCAAGAAGCGCAAAAUUCAAGAGGUGGAUGAACAAGACACAGAGGUUGCAGUGAAAGCAAAGAAGUUCAAAGCAGAGAUGAAAGAAGGGACAGCUUUAGAGGAUGGUGAGCCUGUCAAAAAGAAGAAAAAGAAAAAGGAUAAGGAAAAGCAAGCUGAAGAGGAGGCGGUACUGAGUGAGGAACUCCCCACCAGUCCCGUAACUGAGAAUGCAGAGAAAAAGAAGAAGAAAAAAAAGAAAAUGAAAGUUGAGGGUGAAGACUGAUAUGCACUGGCCCUUGGACAGCUGCUUUGGAGUAGCAUUUCUCAGCAUAAUUUGUUUAGCCUCUUGCUGAAAACUAACUUUCCUGUGUUGCAAGAGGGCAAGGAGAUGGGUUUGAUAGCUGUCUUCUACCUGGAACAGGAUACCCUGGUGUCUCUGAUAAUUAGGAGGAUUACUGGUUUCUUUUGUUUAAAAGCUCACAAUAGAUCCUCUUUUUGCAACCAAUCUCCAGUGAUAAGGAAUAAAAACAUUUUUAUGGA